AUGGCGCCCGCGCUGACGACCCUACAGGUCGCUGCCCCACACCAUCUCCGUCUUCCUCGCCGUCGCGCCUCCCAAUCCGGCGGCUCCUACCUCGCCCUGGAAGUCGCAAGGAACUCAAGCCGCCGCUGGCCCUCAUCCCCUUCUGCUAACGCAGUUCUGCCCAAGACCAUCAAGACUGGCAAGAACACCUUCGUAGAUUUGCCAAGUAACCACACCGGCAAGACUACAUGGACGUUCAAUCUACUACAACAUUAA